AUGACCAAGCCAUUGGUCUACCACUUAGCAAGCACGUCGACAUCCUACCGCUCGCAAAGUACGCUCACCGCGGAGGCAGCGCCCUCUGUUUUGCCUAAUAUUGAUGACCCAAGUGCGGUUAACGCGCAGUCAAUUUGCCCGGGCUACAAGGCCAUCAGUAUUAAGACCUCCGAGACAGGGUUAACAGCGGAUUUACGCCUCGCUGGGACGGCGUGUAACGUCUAUGGUAUAGAUAUUGAGGCACUCAAUCUCACCGUCGAAUAUCAGACAGAAAGCCGACUCCAUCUAUUGAUUACGCCUAGAGACCUAUCUGCAGCCAAUGCCAGCCAGUAUCUGCUAUCGCCCGAUUUGGUGUCGGAAGGCUUCAUCGAGGAGUCCGCGGGCUCUCACACACUCAAUGAGCUACAAUUUACCUGGAGCAAUGAGCCGUCUUUCCAAUUCAACAUUUCUCGCCUCAGUACUAGAGAUGUUCUGUUUUCGUCCAGUGGUAUGCAGCUUGUCUUUGAGAAUCAGUUCCUUGAGUUCGGCACCGCCAUGCCGGACAACUAUCACUUAUAUGGCCUUGGAGAAGUGAUACACAGUCUACACCUUGGUAAUAACUUGACACGCACGUUGUACGCUGCAAAUGCCGGGAAUAACUUGGAUGUCAAUGUAUAUGGAAGUCAUCCGUUUUAUUUGGAGACUCGCUACUUCCAGUUGGAUGGCGAAGGCAACGAGCAUAUAGUCACCAACGUCUCAGACGCACCCUCUUCCAGCGAAUACCGCUCUUACUCUCAUGGUGUAUUCUUCCGCAACGCCCAUGGUCAGGACAUCUUAUUACGUCCUUCGAACCUUACCUGGCGCGCUAUCGGGGGCAGCAUUGACCUUUACUUCUUCUCUGGGCCUUCGGCCAAAGCCGUCACUGAACAGUAUUUGGACGUCAUCGGCUUGCCCGCUAUGCAUCGCUAUCACACGCUUGGAUUACAUCAAUGUCGCUGGGGCUAUGCUAAUUGGUCUGAGGUAGAGGAGGUGGUCACGAACUUCGCCAACUUCAAGAUUCCACUUGAGAAUGUAUGGAACGAUAUCGAUUACAUGAGCUUUUACCGCGAUUUUGAAAACGAUCCUAUCCGCUAUGGUUAUGCCGAGGGUAGUCGACUCAUUGACAAGCUUCAUGCUCAAGGGCAGUUUUACAUCCCCAUCGUCGAUGCAGGCAUCUAUGUGCCGAAUCCCCACAACGCUAGUGAUAGCUACAGCCCCUUCACUCGCGGCAAUGAUAGCGACGUCUUUAUCAGUAAUCCUGAUGGCAGCAUGUUCAUCGGUGCAGUUUGGCCUGGUUAUACCGCCUUUCCGGACUGGCUUGAUCCUGAAACCCAGGACUGGUGGACGGAAGAAAUGCGGGCUUGGCAUGAAAAGAUUUCUUGGGACGGUAUCUGGCUGGACAUGUCAGAAGCAUCAUCGGAUUGUGCUGGUAGCUGUGGUACUGGUAAUCUCAAUCUGCAACCCAUCAUUACGCAGAGCAGCCUCCCAGGCGAUGCCGGAAAUCUUGUUCUCGAUUACCCGGAAGGGUUCAACAUCACUAACUCAACCGAGGCUGCUGCCGCUGCCGCUGCAUCAAGCAGUGAACUGGUCGCGGCCGCUAGCACCAAGACACAAGCGUCCUCCACCACUGUAUCAUAUGUGCGGUCAACUCCGCAGUCUUCAAGGAAUGUCGAAUUCCCACCUUAUGUGAUUAACAAUGUUGAGGGAGCUCUGUCCGCGGGCGCUAUCUCUUCUAAUGCCUCACAUUACGACGGAACAUUAGAGUAUGAUAUCCACAAUUUAUUUGGUCACACAGAGAUGGAGACGACCUACAAAGCCCAGCUAGCAAUUUAUCCGAAUAAGCGACCUUUUAUCAUUGCACGAAGCACCUUUGCGGGAUCCGGUAAGUAUGGAGGCCACUGGGGUGGCGACAAUAACAGCAAGUGGGGCUCUAUGUGGUUUUCCAUUUCCCAAGCCUUAUCCUUCCAGCUGUUUGGUAUGCCAAUGUUUGGCGUGGACACAUGUGGUUUUAGUGGCAAUACGGAUGAGGAGCUCUGCAAUCGUUGGAUGCAGCUCUCGGCAUUUUUCCCGUUUUACCGAAACCACAAUGAAAUAGGAGCAAUUUCACAAGAGCCAUAUCAAUGGGCAUCAGUCAUUGACGCCACAAUCACAGCGCUGCAAGUCCGCUUUGCCUUGCUACCGUAUAUGUACACCCUCAUGUAUCAGGCGCAUACAAAAGGGUCUACGGUGAUGCGCGCUCUGGCAUGGAACUUUCCAAACGACCCAAGCCUCGCCUCUGCCGACCAGCAGUUCUUCCUGGGCGAUGCUAUCCUCAUCACACCAGUUUUAGAACAAGGCGCUAGCAGUGUUAGCGGAGUCUUCCCGGGCUUGCUCGAAGGCACUGAUUUGUACUAUGACUGGUAUAAUCUGAGCCAAAUUGCCAAGCCUUUAGAGAAGAACACAACGAUUGCCGCUCCUCUGGGCCAUAUCCCCGUAUACCUUCGUGGCGGCUAUGUACUCGGGACACAGGACAUGGCUAUGACGACCACCGCUGCGCGGCUAACGCCAUGGUCUAUCAUCAUUGCACUCGGAGUCUCGCGCGAGGCACAAGGAAGUAUAUAUUUGGAUGAUGGGGAGUCGCUGGUGCCGGAUGCGAUCAAGACGGUCAAAUUUUCUGCUACAGAAAACUCUCUCGCAGUGAAAGUGCACGGUGAUUUCGUCGACAACAAUCAGCUAGAGAAAAUCACCAUUCUUGGACUCUCGAAUGUUCCAGCAGGACCUGUCUCAAUCCUUGGCAAGACUAUCACCGAUGCGGAGAUCUCUUGGAAUGCCACGAAUAACGCUACCGUCAUCAGGGGUGUGUCUGGCAGUCUCCAUGCUGCCUUUGACUCGAGCUGGAAGAUAACGUGGUGA